CGGGCUAGGGAGCCGCGCACCAGGAAGUGACUCGCCCCCGUGACCUCCGGCCCGCGGCUCUGUCUGCUGGCCUUUUGGUUUGCCACUGUACGUCCGUCGGAGGCUUUAGUGGCUCCGAAGGUGGAUAAAAGAAAAGGAAUGUCAGAGGCAUGACUAACCUGCUAGAAGCCAUCUCGGUAGCAUCAAGAGAAGAGUCCUGAUGCACAACCCAAGACUAUUCCUUUCCAGGGUGGGUUUCUUCUCCAAAUCAGGACUUCUUCCUUGGUAUACCACAAACCCACCAGAUUUGUCACAGUCCUUUUGGGGCAGAGCACAUAAGGGAGAUUUCACCAGUGUGACAGUCAGGAAGCAUCCAAGCCGACAACAGUAUCAGAAGAAACAAAGGCACUUUAGCUCACUAGAGGACUCCUGGCAGGAGAGGCUGGCUGAUGUUGUGACUCCACUCUGGAGGCUGAGCUAUGAAGAGCAGCUCAAGGUGAAAUUUGAAGCUCAGAAGAAAAUUAUACAGAGACUAGAGUCGUCCCUACGAGUGCUCCAUGGAGUCAGUGGGAGAGUGGCCGCACCCCAUUCUGAGGGCCUGCACUGUCACCUCCAUCCUAUUAUACCCUCUCCCAUCAUCAAUGGCUACCGAAAUAAGUCCACCUUCUCUGUGAACCGGAGCCCAGACGGCAACCCAAAGACUGUGGGGUACUACCUAGGAACGUGGAAAGAUGGGAAUAUUGUCUGUGUACCGUGUAGCCAUCUGAAAAACAUCCCGGAAAAACACAGUCAAGUUGCUCAGUACUAUGAAGUAUUCCUUCGACAGUCUUCAGUGGAACCCUGUCUUCUGUUUCAUGAAGGUGGACACUGGCGUGAGCUCACAGUUCGAACCAAUAGCCAAGGACACACAAUGGCUAUCAUCACUUUUCAUCCCCAGGGAUUAAGUCAGGAGGAGCUCUGUGUUCAGAAGGUGACCUUGAGGGACUUUUUCACUAAAGGCCCUGGAGCAGUCUGUGAAUUGACCUCACUCUAUUUCCAGGAAAGCACCAUGACCCGUUGCAGUCAUGAGCAGUCCCCCUACCAGCUCCUGUUUGGGGAACCCCACAUCUUUGAAGAUCUUCUGGGUUUGAAGAUCCGCAUCUCUCCAGAUGCCUUCUUCCAGAUUAAUACUGCUGGUGCAGAAUUGCUGUAUCAGACCAUUGGGGAACUGAGUGGAGUGGACUCCAGUACCAUCCUCCUUGACAUUUGCUGUGGAACAGGUGUAAUUGGCCUUUCUCUGGCUCAGCGUGCAUCCCAGGUCCUUGGCAUUGAGCUGGUGGAGCAGGCAGUAGAAGAUGCCAGGUGGACUGCAGCCUUCAAUGGUGUCACCAACUGUGAGUUUCAUGCUGGAAGAGCAGAGAAGAUUUUGCCACAGUUGUUGAAGUCGCAGGAAGAUGAGAAGUUAACUGUUGCUGUGGUGAACCCUGCCCGUGCUGGACUGCAUUACCAAGUGGUGCAAGCCAUUCGGAACUGCAGGGCCAUCCAGAGGCUAGUUUUUGUUUCCUGCAAGCCGCAUGGUGAAAGCACAAGGAACUUCAUUGAGCUAUGCUGUCCUCCAAACUCUGCUAAGAAGCUCCUCGGUGAACCUUUUGUCCUGAGACAAGCUGUACCUGUGGAUUUGUUUCCCCACACCCCACACUGUGAGCUGGUACUCCUCUUCACUCGAGAAGACUAGGAGACUGCAGGCUUGUAAGGAUGACGUUUCAGAGACGUCCAGUGACUCAUCACAUGAAGAACCUUGGGAGAGGUUUGGACGGCAGUCCUAGGACCAUUGUUGCAGCGACUUUGAACAAACCAAAUGAACUCCUUUGAACUUCAGAUACCUCAUCUAUGAAAUGGAGAUGGUGCAGGGCGAGUAUCUCUCAUCUGAAAUACUUGGGGGCAUGAGAAGCAAUACCCAAGAGUAGAAACAACCUAUGCAAAAUUGUCUCUUCCUGUUAACUCUUUUGGGCCUUUCUGGUAGAUUUUCAAUUGUCUGAAGAGUUUGGGGAAGCUAAAAACAGUUACCAAGUAACCGAGUAAUAACCACAGUGGGUCUAGGAAAGCAAAGAUCAUACCUUCUGUUUUCCAGAAUUGUGUUUUCUCCUGGAGGCUCUUUAUAUUAAAAUCUGUCCAGAA